UCUACGCCGUCACUGCCGGCCGGUCAAUGUGCUUGUCAAAAUAUAAUGUAAUUUUCCUACCUCAUUAUCAAGGGCGAUUGUGCGUAGCGACGGAGCUUUAUUUUGCAUAUAUCCGCGCCUUGUCUUCUUAUCAGUGUUGUUAUCUGCUAAUCUAGUCUUAGUGGUGUUAUAUAAGUGCCCGGGCAAGGUGGUGAAAUUCAGCAGAAGAAGAUGAACUCGAGAAUUGUGAUCAUUGGCGCCGGAGCGUCCGGCAUCUCGGCCGCCAGUCGCCUGUUGAAGGACAAAUUCACGAAUGUGCUGAUCCUGGAAGCGGAGAGUCGCAUCGGCGGCAGGAUCUGCACUGAGCCGUUCGGGAACAAUGUGGUGGAUCUGGGAGCGCAGUGGUGUCAUGGCGAGAAGAACAAUGUGGUCUUCGAGAUGGCAUCGCGGAAGAAUUUGCUGGAAGUGGCAGAAUAUCAGUACGACAGGACACACCUGAUCCAGUCCAAUGGCAGGAAAAUCGAUGACGACACGGCAGAUCUGCUGAUGGCCUUGGCGGUGUCCACUGUGGAGCUGUACAAGGAGGAGAUUGCCAAGCAUGACGGUUCGCUGGGAUCCUUCAUUGUCAAUAAAUAUAAGGAGUGCCUGAAGGAUGAUGCCUACGAGAAUGUGGAUCCGGUGGUGGCUGAGCAAUUUCUGGACUUCUUCCACAAGUACGAGAACUCUAUUGAAGCCUCUGACACGUGGUUCGACACGUCAGCCAGAGGCUACUUGGAGUACUGGGACUGCGAAGGUGAGCGUCUGCUGAAUUGGCGCGACAAGGGCUACCGGACAGUGCUGGAUCUCAUCACCGAUGGCAUUCCCAUUGAAUCCCACGUGCAGUUGCGCAAGACGGUGACCAAUAUCUCUUGGAGCAACGAGCAGAUCGAUCCGUGUGUGGUGAUCAAGUGUCAGGACGGCACUUCCUACACCGCAGACCACGUGAUCCUGACCGCAUCCUUGGGCGUCCUCAAGGAGAACUACCAUACCAUGUUCACGCCACCGCUGCCGCCCGUGAAGCGGAACGCCAUCGAGGGACUGAGCAUUGGAUCGGUGGACAAGAUAUUCGUGGAGUUCGAGGAGCCUUUCUGGGCGCGAAAAUGGCUGGGAUUCGCACUGCUCUGGCACAAGGCGGAUCUCGAGGAGUUGCGCAAGUCCGAAAUGAUGGACUGGCUUGAGGACGUGUUCGGAUUCUACGUCGUGGACUAUCAGCCGAAUGUCCUCUGUGGCUGGAUAUCUGGCGUGAAAGCCAGGAAAAUGGAGAGGGACACUGAUGAGAAUGUGAAGCGUGGCGUGAUGUUUCUCCUGAAGAAGUUCCUGAAAAGAAACAUUCCAGAACCGAAGGCGAUUCGAAGAUCUCAAUGGUUCAGCAAUCCCAACUUCAGGGGCUCCUACACGUUCCGCUCAAUCACCACAGACUUGCUCAACACCUGUCCGGAUGAUUUGGCCAAGCCUCUGACGAACUCUGUGGGAAAACCUGUGGUUUGCUUUGCCGGCGAAGCUACGCAUCCUCACUAUUACUCCACCGUGCACGGAGCCAUCGAGUCUGGGUGGCGAGAAGCCGAGAGGCUCACGAGUUUGUACAGAAAGCCUGCGGAAGAGUGCCACAUCGAGGAUGAUGUAAUAGUGUUGGGGGCGGGAUUGGCCGGGAUUGGGGCGACUCUGGCGCUGCAGAAGGCGGGAUUCCGGACCCGACUGAUCGAGGGCAAGAGUCAGCCUGGCGGUCGCAUCCGGACUGUGCCGAUGGAAUCUCUGGCACUCGAUAAUCGCGCCAAGUGUGACAAGGUGGCGGUUGAGGCUGGCGCUCAGUGGCUGCACGGCAAGCAGAAUCAACUGUAUUCCGAGGCUGAGGCGAUCGAUUGUCUGUCGCAAGAGCUCAGCGAUGAGGGAUUGGGAGUCUAUGCGAAGGAGGAUGGAAGUGUGUUGGAGGAUUUCUUCGUGCAGAUGAUUGACUUCAAGAUUGGGGCGAUUCUGGAGGAGUGCGAGCGUUUGUUCCACGCACAGAAUCCGGAGGAUGCCCGAGGAUUGUCCGUUGAGGAAUACUUGAGGGUGAAUUUUGAGGAGCGCGUGAUGCCAACGAUUGCGCCUGAGCGCAGAGAUGAUGCGAGAUUGUUGCUGGAGUGGCACAUUCGCUUCCAGGUCAUUGACAAUGCGUGUCUGGCGUUGAGCGAAGUCUCUGCGCGCGAUUGGGGACAGUAUUCUUUCAACGGUGAAUCCUGCCAGACCCACAUAAACUUCCGGAAUGGUUUUGGGAAGCUCAUCUCGGCCCUGGUGUCACGAGUGCCAUCGCAACAGUUGGAGUUGAACUGCGAAGUCGUGAAGAUCAAUUACGGCGAGAAUCUGGAGGAUGGAAGAUAUAAGGUUUGCGUGGAGACCCUCGACGGCAGGAUGUUCAGGGCGAGACACUGCAUCGUGACAUUCUCCCUGGGCGUCCUGAAGGCCUCAAUGGACACACUCUUUCACCCUCAGUUGCCACUCUCGCUGCAACGCCUGAUAAAUGCCUUCGGUUUUGGCACAAUCAACAAAAUUUACCUGAAAUACGACACUCCCUGGUGGGAUGACGACUGGGAGGGUGUUCAGUUCAUCUUCCAGCCACAGCAGACUGACUCCUGGACGAGGCACUUCACUGGCUUUGAUCUCCUGAAGCCGGGCUGUCCGAACACCCUUGUGGGCUGGAUUGGUGGCGCAGGAGCUGUGCAAAUGGAGACUUUUCCCGAAGACACUGUCCUCCACGCGUGUUCGGAUCUGCUGAGGAAAUUCACCGGCAAGAACGUGCCAUCGCCUAGCAGCUUCUUCAUCACGCGCUGGAGCCACGAUCCCUUCAUCCGUGGCGCCUACAGCUUCACCAGUGUCUCCAAGUGCCUCCUCAGAGAUGAGUGCUGCCUCACAGAUCCUCUUCCCUUCCUCAACAUGCCCAGCCAUCCUGCUGUCUUCCUCGCCGGCGAAGCAUGCCACACGAAGUACUUCUCCACCGCACACGGUGCCUUUGCGUCUGGAGUGGAGCAAGCAAGGAAGAUUGUGGAUUUGUACAGUAAAAACCAAAGCAAAGACUAAAAGGAUUCUUCUUACCUCAAAAGAUGUGUUAUCAAUUCACCAGAAAUUUAUUGAAAACUCUUUUCUCUCUCUCUCUCUCUUCCUCUUGCUCUUCAUUAAUAAUAGCAUUUUCGUGAAAUUUAUAUUAUAUUUGAAAAAAAUC